UCUCCUAUCCAUCCCCUAUCAUUUGCCCCCUUUUUAAGUUCAAGAUUUCAUUUUUAUCUUCAGGGAGAGAAACCCAACAAAAAAUACAAAGAAAAAAAAAAAAGAAAAGGAAAAUAAAAUGUUGGCCGUGUUCAAGAAUGGAGUCAUUAACCCACCAAAGGAGCUGCACAGCCCAGCUUCAACAGCAGCUUAUGGCAAAUCCAAAACUCCAGAAGAAACUCUCAAGGAAUUUUUGGCUUCAAAUUCCAACAAUGGCUUCUCUUUGGGAUUUGUGGACAGGGCAAUCUUGGCCUAUGUUCCUCCUCAGUCCUCUGUCAAUGUCAAGCCCAACCAAAGAUUGUUUUGUGGUGUGGAUGAUGUGUACUGCAUUUUCAUGGGGAGUUUGAACAACUUGCCCAACCUCAACAAGCGAUAUGGGCUGUCAAAGGGUGGUAAUGAGGCCCUUUUCGUGAUCGAGGCCUACCGGACGCUCCGCGACAGAAGCCCAAUGCCGGCCCAUCGGGUCCUCAAGGAGCUCGAGGGCAGUUUUGGGUUUGUGAUCUAUGAUCACAAGUAUGGGAUUGUGUUUGCUGCCCUUGGUUCUGAUAAGGCAACGAAUCUGUUCUGGGGUGUGGCGAGCGAUGGCUCUGUAAUGAUUUCAGACGACGUGUGUCUAAUUAAAGCAAGCUGCAUCAAAUCUUUUGCGCCAUUCCCAAACGGGUGCAUGUACCAUAGUGAUAGAGGGUUGAUGAGCUUUGAGCACCCGAUGCAUAAGAUGAAAGCCAUGCCUAGAAUCAAUAGUGAGGGGGCAAUGUGUGGAUCAUAUUUUGCGGUGGAUGCUUAUUCGAAGGUUAAUAGCAUGCCGCGUGUCGGGAGUGCCGCCAACUGGGCUACCUGGGAAUGAUCGUUCGCAUUAUCUCCGACUGACUUGCCGAGAAGAACGAUAAUUUUUUUUUUUUCCCCUAUUUUAGGAUGUGUUAAUAAUUUCAUGUUGUGUUUCUAUUCAAUGUUUAAGUUGAUGGUUUUUUUUUAUCUUUUAUCUUUUUUUCUUUUCCCUCUUAUCAACCUCUGCAUGUAAAUCUGAUCAAGAGGGGGUUUGAAAGUUGUCUUUAGGGAGAAUUUACUAAGGUAGUUAUAAGGGUAACUUUAAUAACAGGUUUUGGUAAGGUUUACAAACCCCACCUUCACAGGUUUACCACUAUAGUUGAAAGGUUUGAGGUUUAAAAUUAUGAUACGGGUUUGUAAAUUCAACACUGGUGUAAACCUCAUAAUUAUAAUAUUUGAAAAAAGAAAAGAAGAUUGGGAAAGGAGAGUGGAAACAAUUCUGGAAGGACAUUGAGUCAUGCGCGUAUCACGCGACUUAAAUCAUGUGAGGGUGCCUGGCCCACUUUGUCCCUUCACUUUGCACCACCCACGUUGUUUUUCAUAUUUAAUUGCUUUGAAUUUUUUAUUCAUUUAUUUAUGUAUAUAUUAUUAUUUUUGACUUUAUUCAUGGCUCUUUCCUUCAUUUUGUUGGCUUUUUUUUCCUUCUUCACACGAUUUAUUUAUAUCUAAUGUAUUCUUUUUUUUUCUAAAUUAAAAUCCUAAACUAAAAAUAUUAAAA